CAGUAGCGAAAGGACUCCUUCAGCGGGAUUCAGGAGCCUGCUCCGGGCCGGGUCGCUGUCAGCAUGCGGAGCUGAGCAGGGAUGGAGGCGCGGAACUGCGGAGUCCGACACAUGAACGCUCUGAGUCUGCUGCUGGUGUGCGUGUGCCCGCUGUGCUGCAGGGGCAGCUGGAUGUGGCUCGGUGUGACGUCACCGGGGUUGGUGGAGAAGCUGGGGUGUUCCAACCUGUCUCUGAGCCCCCGGCAGCGCGAGCUGUGCAGCAGGAAGUCCAUCCUGCUGCCGGGAGUCCGGGAGGGCGCGCGCCUCGGGGUGGCCGAGUGUCAGAGACAGUUCAGGCACGAGCGCUGGAACUGUUCCACCAAUCAGAAGGUGCCCGUGUUCGGGCACGAGCUCACGAGCGGAACCAAAGAGACAGCGUUCAUCUAUGCGGUGAUGGCAGCAGGGCUCGUCCAUGCCGUCACGCGCUCCUGCAGCCAGGGCAACAUGACGGAGUGCGGCUGCGAUGCUCGGCUGCGGGGCGGCGGCUCAGCAGCAGAGGGCUGGCACUGGGGCGGCUGCUCAGAUCACAUCCAGUACGGGACGUGGUUCAGCCGCAAGUUCAUGGACCACACCUUGAAGAACAUGUCGACGAGCCGCAGCAGCUACACGCUGAGCACCAUGAACCAGCACAACAGCGAGGCCGGGCGACAGGCGAUCAACAGGACGAUGUCCACAGACUGUCGUUGUCACGGUGUUUCUGGCUCCUGCGCGGUGAAGACAUGCUGGAGGACGAUGGCGCCGUUUCAGCGGGUCGGGACGUAUCUGAAGGACAGAUACGAGCACAGCAUGCAGGUGACGGAGCGAUCCAAGAGGAAGAUGAAGUGGAAGGACCAGCGGCGUCUCCAUGUGGACAAACACCAGCUCAUCUUCCUCAACAAGUCUCCAAACUACUGUCUGGAGGACAGGCGGCGGGGCAUCGCGGGCACCAGAGGGCGCCGGUGCAACCGGACAUCCACGGGGCCGGACAGCUGUAACCUGCUGUGCUGCGGCAGAGGAUACAACACACACGUGGUCAGACACGUCCAGCGCUGCGAGUGCAAGUUUGUGUGGUGCUGCUACGUCCAUUGCAGGCGCUGCGAGAGCAUGAACGACAUGCACACCUGUAAGUAACACACCUGGAAACAGAAACACGUGGAACACGUAGCUUACCUUCAUUCACCUCAGCAUGAUACCUGGUAAUAGAAGAACACCUGGAAUAAAAGAAGGAUUUGUGGGAAGAGACAAAUUGGACAUCUGGAUCUGAAAGAGUGUAAACAUAAGAAGGACUGAACCUCUCAGGUGAAGACAGAUCCUCCUUGGACCAAUCUGAGGUCAGCAGUACUUGGUACAUUUACAGCAGCACAUGGCACAGCUUCACCUUCUCUCUUGAUAACAUCACCAUUAGAGUAAACCUGCAGAAGAGUCACAGAAGAAAUGGGUGAGCAGC